UCCAACAACUAGGGAGCACCUCCAAUACCGUGCAUAGGGUGGCCACCUUACUGAUAGCUAAAACUUGGGAAGUUGAAGUUUAGCUUUGUCCAUCUGACAGACUCAGAAGAUGAAGGUCAGCAUGAAGACCUGCCUCGUCGUCUUGGUGAUGGCGGUUUACUUCGCUGCUGCCGAUCCCAUUCCCGAACCAGAACCUGAACCGGGACAUGAUGAGAAGAAAGUGAUUGUCAUCAAGGAUGAGACGGAGCAUCAUCACCACCACCACCACCAUCACCAUCACAAUCAUGGUCACGAACAUAAGCACGAUCACAAGCAUGGACACGACCACAAACAUGACCAUAAACAUGGCCACGAUCAUAAACAUGAUCAUAAACAUGACCACAAGCAUGGACACGAUCAUCAUCACAAACAUGGACAUGAACACCACCAUAAGCACGGGCAUGAUCACCAUCACAAACAUGGACAUCACCACCUCCACAAGCAUGGUCAUGAUCACCAUCACAAGCAUGGACAUGAUCAUCAUCACAAACAUGAGCAUGGACACCAUCAUGGUCAUCAUCACGAACACAAACACGGACACGACCAUCAUCACAAACACGGACAUGACCACCACCAUAAACAUGGACAUGAUCACCAUCAUAAACAUGAGCAUGGACACCAUCACGGACAUGACCACCUCCACAAACAUGGUCAUGAUCAUCAUCACAAACACGGACAUCACCAUGGACAUCAUCAUGAUCACAAACAUGGGCACGAUCACCAUCACAAACAUGGACAUGACCACCACCAUAAGCACGGACACGAUCACCAUCACAAGCAUGGACACGAUCACCAUCACAAGCAUGGACACGAUCACCAUCACAAGCAUGGACAUGAGCAUGGUCAUCACCACAGCCAUGGACAUCAUCACAAUCAUGGACAUGACCAUCACCACAAACAUGGACACCAGCAUGGACAUGACCACAAGCACGGACACCACCACGGACAUCAUCAUGGCCACCACCAUGGACACCAUCACAAACAUGGGCACCAUCAUGGCCAUCACCACGGCCACGGACACCAUCAUGGACAUCACCAUGGUCAUCACCAUAGUAUCUUGCAUGGUCAUGGUUUUGGAGGACAUGGAUUUGGAGGACAUGGUUACAGCUCCCACGGUCUUGGCGGGUACAGCUACGGCGGUCUUGGGGACCAUCACAGCUUCUUCAAUCUUGGCCACGAUGAAAUCAAAAUCUAAUUUAAUUGAGUUUUGAAUUGGCCUCACUAUGAAAUCCUCCUAGCCAAAAUUGCGUUCCUACUAGAAUUUCUGCUAUGGAGCACAAAAGGAGGCGAAAGAAUACAGAGCGGAGAGAUGACAGCGACUUAUAUUGGUUAUUUGGAAAAGAGUACAGGAUAUAUGUUUUGCAUAUUUCUUUGCUCUCCCGUCCAAUGUUUAUUAUUUAUUACUUAUUUAUUUAUACUUCGCUCAGACUUCAUAAGUAGUCAUGAAAUGCCAAAUGCAUCUUUUUUCCCAAAUCAAAAUAAACUACCAUGACCAUAUAUUCGAAGCAUUAUCUUUCUUAUAGCUAUAAUUACAUUGGUUUGAAGCGCUUGCAUUUAUUUUUCUUUCUCCCUUAAUUAUUUCAUUUCAGUUACAUUAGUGCCACAGUUCUGCUUGAGGUGUAUACGGACUUAAGUAACAACUGUUUGGGGCUGUAAAAGGCAUUUCUGUGAUUUCUUUUUUUUUUUCAUGUAUCUACAUAUAUAUAUUGUUCAUUAUAAUAGCUAUUUAUUUUAUCCAUUGGUUGUUGGCUCAAUAAAGAAUCUUGAAUUGAUA